AUGCAACAGCUGAAAGAAGUUAUAGCAAAGUUUGAUAAAGAUUACAAGCAGGGAAAUAUGACAAAACUUUCGUCCGACUUUAAAAAUGCAUUGAAAGAAUACGGCGAUGGAAAGCAUUACGAUCCAAAUGAAACAAAAUUGAGGAUGGCAAUAUUUGAAAGUAACAAAUUAUUGACGGAAAAGAUAAAUAAAAAGUAUGAUGAAGGCCUAAUUUCUUUUAAAACUGGCCUGAAUGACUUGGCUGAUUUGACCGAUGAAGAAUUCAGCAGAAUGAAUGGAUUUCGACAACCCAAUAAAACUAUCAAUGGAAGAAGGCAAACUCGUCAGAUUCGUUAUUAUCAGUACAAUCGUUAUAAACGAUUACCAUAUUCAGUUGAUUGGAGAGAAAAUGGUGUUGUUACACCUGUCAGAAAUCAAGGACAGUGUGGCAGUUGCUAUGCAUUUAGUGCAGCUGGUGCUUUGGAAGCUUUUUAUAAGAUGAGGACAGGAAAACUUCUUAAUUUAUCACCACAAAAUAUUGUUGACUGUACACAGGAGUUUGGUAAUUUCGGUUGUGAUGGAGGCUACAUGGUUCCGGCGUUUUAUUAUGCAACGAAAGUAGGAAUUGCAUCAGAAUGGACAUAUCCAUAUGUUGGAAUUGAACAGAGAUGCAAAUCGCGAACAAAUAUAGCUAUUGUUAAAGAUAAUGGCUUUAGUGAAAUAGAGCCAGGUGACGAAUUAGCACUCAAGCAUGCUGUAGCCGAACAAGGACCUGUUGUUGUUGCAAUUAGCGCAUCGAAGCGCUCUUUCAGAUUUUACAAAAAUGGUGUCUAUUAUGAUCCAAAUUGGGGUGAAAUUGACCAUGCAGUACUGGUUGUUGGUUAUGGAACUCAUCAAACCUAUGGGGAUUACUGGAUUGUUAAAAACAGUUGGGGUACCGGUUGGGGAGAUAAUGGGUAUUUUUUAUAUGGCACGAAAUAG